AUGGAGCUUGCCAGCUGCCGCCAGUGUGGCGAGGUUUUUCUCGUCCUUUUGGGCUUCGUGGUCGCCUUCGGCUUUCACAGCGGCUUCCGAUCUUCCAUCCGCCUGAGGUUCAGGGGCUUCGGUGGCAGCCGGAACAGGACGGCAGAAGUGGACUUCAAGAACAGCAGUCGUGGCGAGGUGGUAGCUGCCGUAGCUGAGCCUGUGUCUGCACAAGAGAGCAGUCCCAGCAUGUCGAACACGACGAAGAGUAGCAGCCUUCCCAGCAUCUCCCCGACAACCACCUCCCUUGCCUCCGUAGCCCCAGCCUCCGACACAGCUUCGACGCCGCCACCGGCGCCGCAGGCGAAGGUAGGGGGCCUGGGUGAAAGCGGCAGCGGGGCGAGAGCCUCCGGCAAAGAUUCGACGCUGGCCCACUUGUCUGCGAAGCUGCAGAGAUUCUUGGACCCUGUUCUAAGCCAAAAUGGCCACUGGGUGGAGCUCGCUGGGCACUGGCUAUGGUCGGAUGCAAACCGCAAGCUUUGGAACAGUUCUCUCAAGCGCCUGCGCUGGAACAGCAGUGAGAACGGCAGCGAGCAAGAGAUGCCGACCACGAUUUGGAACCUCGAAGGCUCUUUAGCAGUCUGGUUUGCUGUGUCCUGGCUUGACGUUAAGAACCCGUAUGGCAGCUCGCAUCUGCGGGAGCUGUACAUGGAGCAGGAGAGGCUGCACCAUGGCGUCCUCACCCGCGAGGAGUGCCGCCUGCCGCCGGGGAGCCGGCCCAAGGCGGGGGCCUAUCCCCCGAUGUGCCGCUUCACGCAGGCGGCAUGGCAUGCCAUGGAUGCCCGGUAUCCUGUGCGCGAGGGCGCCGACUGCUUGCCACCCCAAAUCGGGCCGACCUUGGGGAGCAUGAGCUCUUGCCAGUUCUGGAGCCAGAUAUGGAGGAAGAAGUGUCGGAGUUGGGAUGGCCUCGAAGGUGUCGACCUUGACUGGUGUGGGCCCCCGGGAUUCCGGACGAGUGUCGACCUGCACCUGGCCAUCGGCUUCAAGACCUUCGUGCACACGCCGGCGGCCGAUGAGCUCUUCCUCUCGCGCUUGGAGAAGGUUCAUAUGCGCUCCCUGAACGGCAGCAUUGCCAUUGCAGAGCUUGGUACGGCCUGGGGGACCAGGGGUCCACGCCAGGCCCUGUCGCGGGGGUCGCUCCGCCUACCGAACUUGACUGAAGAAGAGGAGGUCCAGUAUUACGUCCACUGGAUCCACGCCGUUGCUUUUCCGAGCCGGCUGGUGCUUUGGAUUGCCGCAUGUGGCUGCGAGGGGCAGCCGCGCUGUCAGGGUCUCACUCCACUGAUGCGGGCGAUGUGGCUGGAAGUCCAGAAGCACUACCGGCACACUGCGGUGAUGAUAGACAAGUGCGCCCUCGCGUGCGCGGAGCAUGGGUUUCCUGCGGGGCACGGCUGCAAAGGGCCGCUGCUCAACGUACUUGCCCAGAUGUUGCAUGCGACUCUGCUCCAGGUGCCGCAAGACGAGGAGAUCGUACGGCCACGUGCCGGCAUUUUCUCCACCCACGUGUCGGACGACAUGAAUUGGGAGCGAAGCAGGGUGGAGGACUGGGACGCCCGCGAGGAGGUGGUGCAUGGCACGUACCUGGUCAACUUUCUCCAGAUACGCUCCCAGGGCCUGAAACAGAUGGGGCGCAAUAACGUCCACCUCUGCAAGGGCUUGCCUGGACGUGGUGUCGUCAGCGGAAUGCGCAGUGACGCCAACGUUGCCAUCUACGUCUCACCUGUGAAGGCGAUUGCCAAAUACGGGCAGCGCUUUCACGAAAGUUCCAACGGUGUCGUUCUGACCUCGACUGUGGCGCCCUGCUGCUUCACGCGAGUGGACUGGUGGGAUCCGAAGCAACAUCGCUGGAUCCGAAUCUGGGAGCCACACCAGGUACACCUGGCGGACGACGUGCGAAAGCACAACGCGCAAUUCAAUUGGGAGAUGGGACAAGUGAGAGAGCUCAGAAUAUUUCCGGACAACGACUUGACAAGGCAUCUGGACGACGACACCAGAGUCAAGGUCAAUGUGCACAACAUGAAGGACACGCAGGCAUUGCAAUCCGAGUUGCGGACCGGGAGCGCCGACAGGGCCAAGAGGGCUUCCGUGGCAGGUGAGUUCAUCAAGAUGGAUGCUUCGAACUCCGAGGCAACGGAGGCCAUGACGGGAACAAGCAGGUUCAAGUCAUUUGCACACCAGCUCAUCGACAACCCCCACGUCGUCAACUUCAUGGCAUGCGUGGUGGUGGCAGACGCUGCGUGCACAUGGGUAGACAUCGACUCCCGGGUUAGCGGCGGCUCGCCCCCGCCUGGAUCCGUCAUGUUCGCAGACAUCUGUCUGGUCCUCUACACCCUCGAGUUGCUGUUCCUGUUCGUUGGCAGAGUGCUUUUGGACUGGGUCGUGAUCCUGGACAUCACCGUGGUGUUCUGCGGCUAUGUCGAGAUGAUCUUCGUCCAGAUGGAAGCGGUGGAGUCGGCGAACGCCCUCGCCAAGCUGGGCGUCAUGCGCGCCUUGCGCCUGGCCCGGAUCUGCCGGCUCCUGCGCCUCUUCCGGAAGAUCCGCGGGCUCCGGGAGCUUGAGAAGCUCGUGACCAUGAUGGCGACCUGCCUGCGCACGCUCGCGUGGUCCUUCUUGUUCUGCUUCGUGAUCAUGACCCUCUGGGCCAUGUUGCUGGUGGAGUUCGUGGACCCCAUCAUGCAGGACAUGGCCGAGGAGUUUGCGGGAUGCGACUUUUGCGUGGCCUCAACCAGAUCGGUGAUGGCAGCCAACCUGCUUCUGUUUAAGACGGUCAUCGCCGGCGAUAGCUGGGGGCUGGUGGCGGUGCCCAUCAUCCAGAAGCAUCCGGGAACCGCCGUGAUAUUUGUGGGCUCGCUGCUGACGCUGGUCUUCGGUGUCUUGAACAUGAUCAUCGCUGUGGUGGUGGACACCUUUGCCGAGGCGCGACAGAACGACAUCCUGAACUUGGCGGAGCAGAUGGAGGAGGACAUUGAGAAGGACCGGGAGUCCUUGGGAAAGCUCUUUGAAAGCAUCAAUCAGGAUGGCAGCGGGGAGCUCUCUCUUGAGGACUUGAUUGAGGGAGCGCGCCGUAAUCCGGUUUUGCAAAGCCGACUGCGCGUCAUGGACAUUGACGAGAACGACUUGGAGCAGCUGUUUCGAAUGAUCGACGCGGACAACAAUGGCACUAUCGAGGUAGGCGAGUUCAUUGGACCUCUCAGCCGAUGGGUCCAUGAUUCCAAGACAGCUCCAAGGUUCAUCAAGUACAACAUGUUGCAGACGAUGCAGCUCCAGGAAGACCUGUACUGUAUGUCGAACCACUACUUCAAGCACCUCUCCGAGCGCAUCGACAUCCUCUUCGCGGGGCUGAACCUCCUCGGAACAGAAGGUUCCCUGGCAUCCAUUCUCCAGAGCGAUGUGAGUCACACCCUGUUCGGCCGCAAGGGAAGCCCCGUGCCCUCCGCCACUGACCCGACAACAGGCGAUGGCCUUCUUUCAUCUGCAGCCGCAGACAAACCUGCCUGGACAGGCGGCGAGUCGCCGGCAGUGCCAGGCGACGAGUUUCCCGAUGAAGCGGCGCCAUCCAGCCAGUGGCGGCCAAACCUGGCUGCAGGCAGCAAGCACAAGGUGUUAGAGCUGGACGGCUCCGAGUCGACCUCCCUGGCCGAAAGAACAAGAAGCCACAAGGACCUAGAUGGACUUGACAAGCUCCUUGAGGCAGUGACGAUGAAGGUGGAGAUGUCCAUGCUCGAGAUGGAAAGCCGGCUGAAGCGCUCCUUGGGCGAGCGACCUCGCUUUUCAAAGAAGAAGCAAGAGGUCCAGCGCGCUGCUGCCAUCGCCGAAACGAAUGAUGACUCCAUCGUGGCCCACACUGGCCAGGAGCUGCCGCCAGAGCCGCCAGAGACGGCGGAGAACAUGCUGGCGGUGCAUAACCAGAAGAGAAAGCAGAAGGGCUUGCCUCCACAGACCAAGAUCCCUUCGGCUAAGAAGAUGCCGACAUCGCUGAAGGCAACGAUGAAGGCGGCGCCCAAGACCAGGCCAGUCGUGGAUGGGAGCUUGCCACCAGCCGAGCCGGCAUUUCCCCCGAAGAAGAGCCUGCCACUUCCCCUCCCACCGCCGCCACCGCCACCGGCCGUGCCGACCUCUCCUGCGAGGGCUCCUCGCGCCAUUUCGUCGCCGCCGUCCAAAGAGCUGGUGUGGAGAGAGGCGACAGAAUCGUCGCUUGCGGACCGAGUGGCGGCUUGGAAGGCGCCGGAAUCGCCACAUUCGGACAGAGUGGCGGCCUGGAAGGCUCAAAGUUGGGAAGAGGCGCCCGAAUCGCCACCGGUGGCUUGGAAGGCUCCAACUUGGGAAGAGGCCCAAGAGAUCCGCAUGAGCCGCCGGAAGAAGUUUGAACAGGACCGCAGACAGGAAUUGGAAGAUUUCGUGACGAGGUGGGAAGUGGAUCAGAAAGACGCGCACAUGCUGCGCAAGCAGCCGGAGAGCAUCCGCCAGGCCUUCUACCGGACCUUCAACAGCAGCUCGGUGAAAGAUCCGCGCAGCCUGAAAAUGACCCAGGAUGCUUUCGACUUGCUCCACACGGACCAGGAGUGGAAGCAGCAGAAGAAGGAGCAAGAAGGCUUCGACAGACUGAAGGAGAUGAAGGAGGAGGCUCCCAGGGCACUUCUUCCAGUGCCGAAGGUGAUCCCGGGCAGUUAUCCGAUGCAGGAGCGUGCUCAGGAGGAGAGCCAGCUCGCGAAACCCGCGCCCAAGGUGGUUCCUCCUCCCAUGCGGGCAACGGACCAGGCGAAGGCUCUUCCACCUGCGCCGCCUCCUCCUGCAACCCCUCCGAUUAUGCAGGCCGAGCCAGCGCGGCUCAAUCAGACUCCUGCGAUACGGAUCGAGGACUCCGAUUCGGUGACCAGCAACUCGACAAGGGCGUCUGCUGCAGAGGCCAUCAUGGAGGCGAAUUGGUACAAGCAGCAGGAUCAACUUCCCGAGGAGCAGCCCGCGACUGCUCCCGAGCAGGUGUCGCUGAGCCAGGAAUCGCUGCGGAGCGCUCCGUGGAACCAGGCUCCAGCAGUGCCCCUGCAGCAGCACCAGCAGCGCCAGCAGCUGCCGCAGCAGCCGCAGGCUCAGGCAGUGCCUUUGCAGCAGCUGCAGCAGCAGCAGCAGCUGCAGCAGCAGCAGCUGCAGCAGCAGCCGCAGGCUCAGGCCGUGCCGUUGCAGCAGCACCAGCAGCAGCUUCAGCAGCAGCCGCAGGCGAUGAAUGCUCACCACCAGGCGCAGGUGCAGUCGAUGCAGCUCCAGACGCAACCCGUUGCCGGGCAGGUGAUGGACAUCCAGCUGCAGGUGCAGCAGCACCUGCGGCAGCAGCAGCAACAGCAGCAGCUGCGGCAGCAGGCGAAUGCGGCUGCCCACCGCUACUAUUGGCAGUGCAUUCAGAUGGGGCAUCUGCACGAGCAGGCGGUGGCGCUUACGCAAACCUAUGCUGCGACAUCGUUGCGUCAGGACAUGGAGCGUGUGGAGGCUAUUCAUCGGCUGACAGCGUGCUCUGCACACCAGGCACAAGAGGCCGAGCCCGUGCAGGUGCAGCCGCAAGACAGGAGCCCUGCGCUGGACCAGGCCCAAAGGGCAGAGGCCGAGUUGGCACAGGGGCGAGCGGAGAAGGAAGAGGUGGCGCAGGCCCCAAAUUCCUUGGCCAACAAUGCACAGGACCUGGCGGCUCGGCUGCUCCUUGAUGAGGCGGAGGCUGAACUGGAGCACGUCACUCCCGAGGAGGUUGCGAAAAAAGCUCAGGAGAUGGAGAGGGACCGGCAGCGACAAGCAGAGGAGGCCGCAAGGAAGAACAAAGAAGAGGCAGAAAAAGGGGAAGAGACUCAGGCGACGUGGCGCACAAUAAGGAGGAGGAGGAAGAAGGAGGAGGAGGCUGAGCGGAAGCGCCAAGAAGAGGAGGCUGAACGGAAGCUCUGUGAAGAGGCUGAGCGCCAGUUGAAGCGCCAAAAAGAGGAGGCAGAACGGAAGCGCCGUGAAGAGGCUGAGCGCGAGCGGGAGCGCCAACAAGAGGAGGCAGAACGCAAGCGGCAAGAAGAGGCUGAGCGGAAGCGCCAAAAAGAGGAGGCAGAACGGAAGCGCCGUGAAGAGGCUGAGCGGCAGACCAAGCGCCAAGAAGAGGAGGCUGAGCGGAAGCGCCAAGAAGAGGAGGCCGAACGGAAGCGCCGCGAAGAGGCUGAUCGGCAGCGCCAUGACGAGGAGCGGAGGAAAGAAGGGGAGGCCCUCCGCAAGUUGCAGUGGGACACCCGGAAGAAGCACGCAGAUGAGAAGGCGACUGCAAAGGUGAAGAAUCAAGAGAUGAUCCUCAACGGCGCCUUCGAACACAGGCAGGAGCAUGAGGCCAAGAAGAACAAGGAAGGCCAGAAAAAGAAGAAGAAGCAGGCUGAGAUGAAGCAAGAGCCUGGCGAUGCACCGGCUCGUGAAGCCAAGCCGGCUCAGGAGAGCGUUCGGGAAUCAGCGAAGAAGGCGCCAACGCAGAUACUGGAGCAGACGGUACAGAAGGCAGCCCUUGCUGAUCUGAAAGGUAAGCUGGACGCGAAGAAGGCCGAGAGCAAGAAGAAGGCGAAGGGGAAGGCUUCGCAGCCAAAGCAGCCAGACGACCAAGCCUCACAGCCAAAGCAGCCGGCCAAAGAUGCCUCACAGCCAAAGCAGCCGGCCAAAGAGGCUCCCAAGAAGAAGCCAGCGCAGGCUUCAAAGGGGUCCUCUUCGAGCACUUCGGAUGAGAGCGAUUCUUCCAAGCAAAGGAAAGCUGCUGCGGACGCUGCCAUCAAGAUCACGAAGGAUCCCGUCCAGCGGGUCGGGCGCGCGAAGGCAAAGUCACCUGCGCGCCGGCAUGACAGAAGGUCCCGGUCGGAACGUCACAAGGGCAGGCGGGGCCGCUCCAGCUCUGACCGGCGCAAAAGCAAACGGUCCCGAUCUGCCCGCAAAGCCAAGCGAAGCAGUUCGGACCACCGCCGGGGUAGACGGUCCCGGUCUCACUCGGCCGGCGUCCUCAUAAGGGAGCGAAAGAAGGGCAAGCGGUCACGCUCGGACCACCGGAAAUCCCGAAGGUCCGCCCGAAGGUCGCCUUCCGACCACCGGAAGUCCCGACGGUCCGCCCGACGGUCGCCUUCCGCUCGCAAGCGCAAGCGCUCCGAUCGGAACGACUCCGCAGCAUUGCAGGCGAGGGAGGAACCUCACAGCGACCGGGCCACGCAGGAUCCCUACCUGGAUUUGGUGGCCUGA